CAAUGUGAUAAUCUGUAGUCUGCACCUGUCAAAGUUUCAAUGGCGGACGUCCUCAUAUUCUGAUCGCAACAAACAUAUUUAUCACGUUUUUAACCAACUUUAACGCUACAUGAAUAUAUAUUCCACCGUAAAAACAACAUAAACGGUGAACAAUGUCCACUGUGGUGUCGGACUGUUUCACAAUCGGCAGUAUAGUUGCGACGCGGACGUGUUACAAUGAAAAUAUUGAGGGAGAAGUUCUAGCUUUUGAUCCUCAAACUAAGAUGCUUAUACUCAAAUGUCCGUCUUCGAGCGGUAAUCCUAAGCGUCACGACGUAAAUAUUGUGAAUCUAUCGUUGGUUAGUGAUGUCCAAAUCAAGAAAGAAGUGACCACGGCGCCCGAACCCCCACAAUCUCUCAACUUGCACAGAUUAAACACACGAGUCCGCAAUUCAAUAGAGAAUAAGAGAAGAUUAGUGUCAGCAUUAUCAGCAUGUCUGGACCCGGAGGGCCAGCGGCUGUUCAUGGCGAUUGCACGAGUCAUCGACGACGUCUCCUGGGCUGGGCAGAACAUCCGGGUCUACAAUGAAGUUAUAAUCACUCCUCCUUACAAGGUUGACAACGUAAUAGGCGAAAAAGACUCUAAACCAUAUAAUUACAUAAAGAAAUUCGUGGAACGACAUUGGCGCGAUCACCGUGAUUACCGCGAUCAUACAGCGCCCAACUCAAGCCAGCAUCAGUAACACUAUAUAAUAUAUUACUAUUAUACAUACAUAUAUAUAUCUUAUAUAUAUAUCUAUAUAACUCAUAUAUAAAGACGCUGUUUUUGAAAUUCAUAAGUCAAAAAAGUCAAGAGUUAAAAUUAUUUAUGUCAAAUAGACCAGGCAAUUUUGAACGUCAAAGCAAAUAUAAUAAUAUUAAUAACGUCUGUCUGUCGGUCAGUACUCUAGUGAAAAAAUUGUGAAAUAAAAAUUAUGCUACUUCCGCGCGGUUUCACCCGCUCUGCUUGGCUCCUAUUGGUCAUAGCGUGAUGUUUUAUAGCCUAUAGCCUUCCUCGAUAAAUGCUCUACCCAACACAAAACGAAUUAUUCAAAUCGGACCAGUAGUUCUUGAUUGGCGCGUUCAAACAAUCAAACAAACUCUUCAGCUUUAUAAUAUUAGUAUAGAUUUGUUAAAUAAAUUGCAUCAAAAUCCGUCGUGUAGUUUUAAAGAUAAAUCUUUUCAGUAGUUAUUUCAAUGUCCGUCUUGUAGCUUAUUUUAAAACAUUACACAGGAUUUUUUUUUUUUGUUACGGAAACAAAUACUUUCGAAGAAAUAUCGAUUUGAAAUAUCGCGUGACGUCACUUUUAUGUGCGUCUUCUUUUAUAAGUAGAAAUGACGUAACUUCCUUCCUAACUCCUAAACUUUGAUUCGUUUUUAUCUAAGUAUUGUUAUCUUAUAUGACGAAAUAAAAAAAAUACUUGUCUAAUAUUUUUUCAUUACCUAACUGACGGACUAAAUAGAUAUUUUAAUUUUCAUACCCCGUCAUCAUCCCAUUUGUUUUGAAAUUUCAAUAACAAUAGGUUUUUUGUGAAUUUCAAAAAUAUCGUCUUUAUAAUAUCACAUCAUUCAAUUCAAUAGUAGCUAUUAUUUGUAUUACUAUCAAAAUAUAUAUUUGUUUUAUUAAAAAAAAACAAUUGGUUUUAUAUUAUAUAUCGUCAUGAGCUAAUGGUAACAUGUAAACAGUGACUUGUGUAGUGUAGAGAUUGUCCAGUCAACUGAUGGUAGCGUGGACUGUCCAGGCGAUACGUACUUAGGUAUAUAAUAUAAAAUUAUUUGAAUUUUAAAUACAUUAUUGAUACAAUUAAAAUAUUUAGUUUCAAAAAAAUACUUAGUUUAUUUUAGUUUUUUUGAAAAUUCAUCGUAGUAGUUUAAAAUGUCCAUAUUUUUAAUAUGGAUGAUUACUAAAUAGGUAUUUUAUUCUACCAUUUACCCAUUCUGGGUAUAAAAAGUAUAAAUCUAAUCAUAUUUUAUUUGUAUCAAUAUAAUUCGACCGAUAUAUAUUAUCAUAAUUUGAAUAUGGCAUGAUAUUCUAAUACUUAAAAAAAAAAAACAUUUAUAUGGGAUUAAUGAAAUUUGACCAAAAAAUUUAACAUCUUAAAAUAUCAUGCAAUAUUCAUAUUUACUCAAAAUUUUAAACAAAUAUCAGUUUUCAUCGCACGCAACGGAUUUUAGUUUGUCUUGUAUAGAAACUCAUACAACUGCGUCCACUGAUCCGCAUCGUACGGACCGCAUCAUCGGCAAUGCCUACAUGCGAUGCGUACUGAUGACGUCAUACGGAAUGCGUGCAAUGCGUACGAUGCGGGCCUGUGGACGCUCCUUUAAAACGUGAAAAUUUGAUGUUUUUUUUUGCCUUUUCAACAUGAAAUAAAUAUAUAUAAAUAUGUUUAUAUAUAUAUUAUAGAAAUUAUGUAUUUGUCGGAAAAUUUUAGUUUUUUUUCUUUUUUUCUUGUUUUUUUUUAUACGGACUCCAAAAAAAUUGUUUGUCGUCGGCUUUAGUUUAGUGGUGAUGUUCAAUUUUGAAAUGGUUAUGUUUUUUUUUCGUGUUUGUCAAGUUCCAAUGGUUUUCUUUUUUUUAUCAAUUUUUUUUUCAUGAAUUUUUUGUCGAUUUGUUUUAGAUUUUUCAAUUUAACUUUGUUUUUAACUUGUUAUCUGUCUCGUUGAUUGUGUAGUUACAGGGUUACCGAGCGUAAAGUGUCUUGGGUUCGAUUCCCGAGCAGGGCAUUUUAGAUGCAAUUUUUUUAUGACAACAACUUUGAAAUGCCCUCUAUUACAUUACUGUAAGGUAUCCUUCUAUUAAAUCCUGAAUUUUAAUGUUUUUUUUUCUAGUAAAUUGUAAAAAUCAUUCAAAAUUGAACGCUAUCACUAAGACUAUAAGAUUCACAUCCCGGUACGGUUUGGAGCAAGUAUAUAGUAUAUAGUAUUUAUAUAACUACUGUUGGAGUAAGAAUUAGUGAAAAAAAAUAAUUAAAAAAAUUAAAAAAAGGA